AUGAAGAAAUUGUACAAGGACAACAUGAGGCUAGACUACAAAGCGAGAAUGUUGUUGCAUCAGUGUAUAUCUGCUGCUAUCUUCCAGAAAGUUUCAAAGGCUGUAACGGCAAAGGAGGUUUGGGACAUUCUGCAAGAAGGCUAUGGAAACUCUGGAAAUUUCGUCGCCAUAGAAGAAUGCAAGGAUCUUGAAACUAUGAGAGUGGAAGAGUUGCAGAGAUUGAUGGAAAGGAAGAAUGCGGAAAAAGGCUUGAAUCAAGGCACAAAUCAAGCCUUACAAGCUAGAAAUGACCAAAAGUUCAAGGGCCGUGGAGCUGGAAGGGGCAGAGGACGUUCAAGAGGGAAGAAGAAAAGAUUUGGGGAAGAAGGGAGGUUGCUCGCCACCGCUGCAGGACGCCUCGCCGCCACCUCUUCCUUGCUCGCCAACGCCAACGCCACCGCUGCAGGACGCCCUCGCCGCGACCUCGCCGCAACCUCGCUGCAACCUCGCCACAACCUCGCCGCGACCUCGCCACCACCUCGCCAAGGAACUCCCAAGUAUGAGCACUACUCAUCAGAAUGUUGGCAUAACGAAGCUGUGAAGAAAGGAAAGAAUGAUGAAGCAAAUCUUGCACAAGAUACAUGUGACUCAGAAUCGGACCAUGUGUUAUUGAUGAGCACGAUAGGGCAUGAUGAAGAUGAAUUAUGCUGGAAGUUGACGCUGGACAGGUGUGAAGAAGAAUUGGGUCAUGCGCUGGACAGGUGUAACCGAGAGACAGACCACAUGUUGCUAUCAAAUGCAACGAGCCAUGUAGAGGAUGAAUCAUGCUGGUACUUGGACACAGGGUGUUCCAACCAUAUGACGGGUAAGAGAGAAUGGCUGAUAGACCUGGAUACAAGCAUAAAAAGCAAUGUGAGAUUUGUAGAUAACAGUGUGAUCAUGGCUGAAGGAGCGGGCAAGGUCUCGAUCACUCGCAAGGAUGGCCGAUUCGCCUACAUGAUCAAUGUGUUGUAUGUUCCAACGAUGAGGAGUAAUUUGUUGAGUCUGGGACAACUUCUGGAAAAAGGUUACACCAUGUCAAUGGAGCAAAAACACAUAGAAGUGUUUGAUGAAAGGCAACUUCUAGUGCUCAAGGCUCCUCUUGCUAGAAACAAAACAUUUAAGGUGAACUUGAAUCCUACUAUUGUUCAGUGUUUAGCUGCUGUUAAUAUUGAAGAGGAAGGAUGGUUAUGGCUUUAUCGCUUUGGGCAUCUGAACUUUAAAAGUUUGAGUCAAUUGAAAGGCAAGGAAUUGAUAAAAGGGGUUCUAAUGAUAUACAUUCCUGACAAGGUGUGUGAGGGUUGCGCUAUUUGGAAACAAACCAAAAACGAAUUCAAGAAAUCUGCUCUCAAGAGAGCAAAGCAACCUCUUGAAGUUAUCUACUCUGAUGUGUGUGGGCCCUUUGACGUGUAG